AUGCAAGUCUCUGUUUCAGAUUCAUCCAUCUCAACUAAUAAUGAAGAUGAAGAUCUAUUCACCCAGGAUUCGAAGAAGAGAAAAACCAUAGAUGAUGUGCCUGUUAAGUCUGUUAUUAUUGAAGAAGAUUCCGAAUCUUGCCCUAUAUGUUUCGAGCCAUGGACAUCUUCGGGAAUCCACAGGCUCUGUUGUCUCAAAUGUGGACAUCUUUUUGGAUUUGAAUGCAUUUCUAAAUGGCUGAAAGCUCAGGGUAAGGUUGGAAAGUGUCCCCAAUGCAAUUCAAAGGCUGUAAAAUAUGAUAUUCGCUUUCUCUUCUGUCGUAAUUUAAAAGUUAGUUACUUUUUAUGCUAA